UGAAGUCUGAAGUCAACUGCUGGAUGCUUUUUGACAGAAUCGCCCAACCCUGUUCUCCUGUAUAUAGUCUCCAUGACUCAAACAGUUGAAUAAUUGAUGUCAGUUUGAAAGUGUUAAUUCUUCUGUAAAUAUCCAUAGUGAAUUUAGUGUUAUUCAAUUAAAUGUCCAUCUUUUUGUAACAUUAAAAAAUUGAAAAAUAUUUUUCAUCAAAAAAUGGAAACAUCAAAUAUGGAAGGAUGGUUGCAAUUAGGUGUUUCACCGGUAUUAAUCAAAGCCUUGUUGGAGCAAAAAUAUUAUACUCCUACUUUAAUACAAACACUAUCAAUACCAUCAGCAAUUUUCGGAAAUAAAGAUAUUCUUGGUGCUGCAGAAACUGGUAGUGGUAAAACGUUGGCUUUUGGUAUACCAAUAUUAAAUGGCAUUAUAGAAUUGAAAAAGCAAUAUGAUAAAACUGUUGCAAGUACAAGUGGUAUUUUUAAAGAGACAGAUCAAUUUGAAACUUUUUAUAGCAAAAGUAAUAGUAACAAUAAUGAGGAUAACAAUAUUUUAUACAAUGAUAAUAAUAACAGAAGGACAACGACAACUUUAAAUGAAUUAAAUGAAAACGUUGGCUUAGUACAAGUUAUAAAUAAUGUACUAUUGGAAAAAAAUAAUAAUCAGCAGUCUCGAAAUCCACUUUAUGCUUUGAUUUUAACGCCAACUAGAGAAUUGGCUAUUCAAAUAAGGAAUCAUCUUAUCAAAGUAGCAAAAUAUACUAAUAUAAAAAUUGCAGUAAUCAUGGGUGGUAUGGCUGCUGUAAAGCAAGAGAGGUUACUUGGUGAAAGUCCAGAGAUAGUGAUUGCUACACCUGGUAGGUUAUGGGAAUUAAUAGACAAAGAAAAUUCACACCUCAGUAAGAUUGCUUCAAUAAGAUAUUUAGUAAUUGACGAAACAGACAGAAUGCUUGAAAGAGGGCAUUUUAAAGAAUUACAUAAUAUUAUUGAAAGAAUAAAUGCCAAAAAAUCUAGAUUUAUGAAGAUAUUUGUUUUUUCUGCUACUUUAACAUUAAUUCAUGAUAUUCCAGAGUAUUUGCAAAGAAAAAAAGUGAAAAAUAUUAAAAGUAAGAUUUUUAAGUUGACACCUGGUCAAAAGUUACACAGAGUUAUUGAAAUGUUAAAUAUUAAAAAUCCAAAAAUAAUUGAUAUUACAAAAAACACAGGUACACCUGACACCUUGACUGAAUGCAAGAUAGCAUGUACAAUUGACCAUAAAGAUUAUUAUUUGUAUUACUUUCUACAAAGAUAUUCAGGAAGAACAUUAGUGUUUUGUAACAGUAUAGGUUGUGUCAAAAGAUUAACUACCUUAUUAGGAAUUUUGAACUGUAAUCCAUUACCUCUGCAUGCAAGCAUGCCUCAACGCCAUAGAUUAAAAAAUCUGGAACGGUUUCAAGCUAAUGAUCAUGCACUACUAAUAGCAACAGAUGUUGCUGCCAGAGGACUAGAUAUACCUAACAUAGAAAAUGUUAUUCAUUAUCAAGUUCCGAAAACAUCAGAGAGCUAUGUACAUAGAAGUGGUCGGACAGCUAGAGCUAAAAAAGAAGGAAUUACAGUACUAAUAAUGGAAUCAUCUGAAAAACAAUUGUAUAGUCGACUCUGUAAAACUCUUAAUCGAACUGAGGAUUUACCAAAUUUUCCGAUCAUUGAUCGUUUACUGAUAGCUGUCAAAGAAAGAGUAAACGUGGCUAGAGAAAUUGAUAAAUUGCAAUUAACUUACCGCAGAGAUAAUUUUCAUAAUGGAUGGUUACAAAAAGCAGCUAAAGAAAUGGAUAUUCUUUUAGAUAAUGACGAAUUUAGUGGCAUAGACACAAAGGAAAAAUUAGAAUUUAGAAGAAUUUUAAAUGCAAAAAGAAAUCAUCUAAAUAACCUUAUGAAGAAAAGUCUUUUUCCAAAAAAUUUUUCUGGUAAAUACCUGAAUACUGCAUUGGAAAUUUCUCUAUGCCAAAAUUCCCAAAAAGCAAUAGAAGUAAUGAAGAAUGCUCUUGACAAGUGUUCAAAGUCAAACAACCAAUCAAUUUUGAAAUUGCGACAAGAUGAAUUGACUUUGAAAAGAGAAUUAGAAUGUAAUAAGAUUAAGGAUAUAAAAAAAAGAAAAGUCGAAUAGAUUAACAAAUAAUCUUUAAUUUCAAUGCAUGCAGGUCUUUGUAAAAUGUGCAAAAACUAAUGUGCGGAACUAAUAUAUAAUUUGUUAAUAUUUGUAAUAGUAACAUAUUUAUAAAGCACCAUGAAGUUA